CCCGCAGCGCCUUUACUUCCCGCCACGCUCGCGAUGGAAUCGUCUUUCGAACUGCCCGACUCCACCGACUGGCUCACAACGUCUCUUCCCGCUUUUGAACCUCUCGAAGCCGCGCUCCGCUGCGAAGUGUGCAAGGAGUUCUACAACAACCCUGUCAUUACGUCGUGCGCGCACACAUUUUGCUCCUUAUGCAUAAGAAGAUGCAUCGCAAUCGACGGGAAAUGUCCCGCAUGCAAGUCUGCCUGCCAGGCCGACAAAUUGCAACCGAAUAUCGCGGUGCGUGAAAUCGCAACGAAAUUCCAAGAGGCGCGCCCGAAGGCGCUAGAGCUAGCGCGUGCGAAAGAAGACAAUGACGACGGUGAGACAGCCGCACCGGCUAGCGGGCGGAAAAGGAAGCGCGAGACGGCAGAUGGGGAGGAUGAGGGGAGGAGAACGACGCGGUCGAGACAUACACGAAGAAGUACGCGGCUUGGCAACGAGAGCAUUACGGACGACAUGCCUGUCGUGAUACCAGAUAGCGACGAGGAGAAGGAGGACGAGUAUGUACCUGAGGGUAUGGUGCCAUGCCCGAUAUGCAAGAAGCCUAUGAAGGAGGAGGCAGUCUUCAACCACAUACCAAUCUGUCCGGCUGCGCAGGACGACACUGGGACGCGCAAGACCAGGUCGAGAAAGGACGACGCCUUCCCAAACCAUCUGCAAGCUCGAAUGAAAGAGAACGGUCCUCCGCCAACGCGCCUCUCCGGUCUACACUACCCAAUGCUGAAUGACAAGGCGCUGAGGAAGAAGCUGCAAGAGCUGGGCAUACCCACUUGGGGCACAAAGCAGCAGUUGAUGAAACGACAUCAGGAAUGGUUGAACAUCUACAAUUCUAAUUGCGAUGCGUCCGACGAGGCCAGAAAGCCGAAACGAGAGUUACUAAGAGAGUUAGACGAAUGGGAACGGACACAAGGCGGUCGCGCGACUGCAAAGGAAUCACACAUCAUGCGAAAGGACUUCGAUGGGCAGAAUCACGCUACGGCGCACAAGAACCAAUUUGACGAUCUUAUCGCCAAUGCUAGGAAGCGCGCCAAAGAUAUCUCGAGAGCGAGUGAAGAAAAGGUUGAGAGCACUCCCGCUGGCAGCUCUGGGACCGAUCCACAACCGGCCCAGGCCGAUAACCUAGAAGCCACAUCCGACCCACCGCACCCGUACGAAAACAAUGAAGCCGCGCUCUCAUCAAUUCGACAGAAAGUUGAGGAAGCGAAUCGUACCGACUCCGCGUUCCCACCGCUGAGUCACAAUACGAAAGAUGCCAAUAUAAAGGCAGCACAGGAUGCUGGCAUGUAUCAGGAAGAGAUACCAUUAGGCUUCGCGCCUGAAAAUCCACUUGGAAGUCCGACAAGGAAGGUCCCUAUGUUUAGGAUGCCGGAGGAG